AGAUACGUCACGACAUCAAAGAAGUGAGAGACGUCACAUGGAGAGAUGCAGCUUCCAGCACUAGCUGCUUUUCCACUCAUCACACAUCGUUAACAUAACUCGGCUAACGCGCUUACUUCAUGGCUCACCUAUGAGCAGGGGCGCAAUCCGAAUUGCAAAUCGAACGCUUGAUUUACAGACAGUCCAAAGCGGGAAGCAACACUCCAGUCAUUCAGAGUUAUUGUGGCCUCUUCUGCUAGCCGACAGGCUACUUAGCGAAGCUAACGGUAGCUAGCUGGCUAGCUGCUCGUAUCGCUAGCGGUGGCUAGCCAGCGAGCUGGAGUAACUUUCAUCAUGGAUGAACUCGUGGUGGAAGUGAGAGGAACAAGUGGGGCUUUCUAUAAGGCCUUUGUGAAGGAUGUUCAUGAAGGAUCUGUAACUGUGGCAUUUGAAAAUAAUUGGCAGCCGGAGCGCCAGAUCCGGUUCCAAGAUGUGCGGUUCCCUCCACCAACAGGCUUCUGCAAGGAAAUUAACGAGAGCGAUGAGGUUGAGGUGUAUUCCAGGCCGAAUGAAAAUGAGCCAUGUGGAUGGUGGCUGGCCAAGGUUCGCAUGGUCAAAGGAGAGUUUUAUGUUAUAGAAUACGCUGCUUGUGAUGCUACGUUAAAUGAGAUAGUGACAUUGGAACGGUUGCGGCCAGUCAACCCCAAUAAACCAGCCAUCAAAAACACAUUCAUGAAGAUCAGAAUGGAUGUACCUGAUGAUCUACACCAGAUGUGCUCCAAGGAAUCAGCACACAAAGACUUUAAAAAGGCAGUGGGAGCAUUCAGUGUUACAUACGAUUCAGAGAAAAAGCAGCUGGUCAUCUUGUCAGUGAAUGAGGUAACAACAAAACGAGCCAGUAUGAUGAGUGACAUGCACUUCAGGAGCCUGCGCACCAAAUUGUCUCUUAUACUGAAGAAUGAAGAAGCAAGCAGGCAACUGGAGAGUUCCAGACAGCUGGCGUCACGAUUUCAUGAGCAGUUUGUGGUUCGUGAUGAUUUAAUGGGUCUUGCAAUUGGAACCCAUGGGGCCAACAUUCAGCAAGCUAGGAAGGUCCCUGGAGUCACUAAUAUAGAUCUAGAUGAGGAGACAUGCACCUUCCACAUAUACGGAGAGGACCAGGAUGCUGUCCGUUUAGCUCGAAGUUUCCUGGAGUUUUCAGAAGAUGUCAUCAAAGUUCCCCGGAACUUAGUAGGGAAGGUGAUUGGCAAGAAUGGGAAAUUGAUCCAAGAAGUGGUCGAUAAGUCUGGCGUUGUGCGGGUUCGUAUUGAGCCUGAAAAUGAUAAAAAGCCUUCGACGGCAGCAGCAGCAGCAGUAACAGAUGAGGGAAUGGUGCCAUUUGUAUUUGUGGGUACAAAGGAAAGCAUCUCUAAUGCUACUGUGCUACUGGACUAUCAUCUCAACUAUCUCAAGGAGGUGGAUCAGCUACGUCUCGAGCGUCUUCAAAUUGAUGAACAGUUGAGACAAAUCGGUGGAGGAGGGGGAGCAGGGACGGGACCUCGAAACUCUAAGGACAAAUCUUAUGUCUUUGAUAAUGGCACAGGCCUAGGAUUGGGAAGAGGAGCGGGAGGAGGAGGUGGGAAGCCCUAUGCAGGAGCAGGAGGAAGAGGUAGCAGAGGUAGAAGAGGAGGAGGUGCAGCUUUUGCCUCAGGCACCAACUCUGAGACGUCUAAUGCUUCAGAGACAGAAUCAGACCACAGAGACGAGCUCAGUGAUUGGUCACUGGCCCCCACUGAGGAGUUGAUGACAGGAGGCGGGACUUUACCCAGACGGACAGAUGGCAGGAAGAGAGCGGGUGGAGGAGGACCACGGGGGAGAGGAGGAAGAGGAAGAGCAGGAUAUAAAUCUGAUGAUGUGCAGUGGAGUGACCCAAAACCCCGUCACAUCAGGGACCCCAAAACCAGACCACAGGAAGACACCUUGCAGAUCCGCGUGGAUGGGAACGAACGCAGCGUGCAGCACUCCUCAGGUGGCAGAGGAGGCGGGCCUUCCUCAUCCCAGGGCGGUGCUGGUAUCAGCGGUGAAGGCCCGUCCCGCCCUCACCACCGAACCAUCAGAGAACGAGGGAUGAAGAAAGACAAACAGGACGCUCCUCUGUUGGUGAACGGAGUGUCGUAGACGCUCCACUGGAGGACUUACUCCCUUAGAUGCACACAGAAACACACACAGGCAGCUCGUCAUCGGAGUCUGUCUCUUACGCUUUUCCUUUGUUCUUGUCAAACACGUAAAUACACAUAAUUCCAUCAGUAUGGAAGUUGACCGUAGUGAUGUCGUAGACCAGAGGUACGCAGGUCUGGACUCUCUUUGCUGGAUGACCAGACAGAGUCAAAAAGAGGAAUUGGACUUAAGAUCAGCUCUCACAGAGGCGCCAGCCUCAAACCCCUCCCACUCCACUUACCCAACAGGAAAAUGUUUGCUGCACAUUGUAGGUCCACUUACUGAGAUAUUAUUUGAUUGUUUAUUUGAAUUUUGCCACUCCCCUUUCUUGGGUAUACUGAUAUGAUAUAAAAGAAAGAAUCAAACAAAUUCAGUAAAAUGUUUGAAUGGAUGUAAGACGGCUGAGGUGAGGUUUGGCGAGCCCUGCUGCACGCCAUAAGCUUACGUAUUUUAACUUGGAGAGAUGGUUUAGAGCAGUUUUCCUUUGAAGCUUCAGUGUUUCCCACAGCUCAAGAAUUUAUUUGCUGGGGUGAAGUCUGAGUUGCAGUCUAUCACUUAACAGUCCAACUACUGUUACAACUAUCAUUUUUUUUUUAUUAAAGUUGCAUAUUAAUGCACUAAUUUAACAGGUUAUUCAGUCAGUGUGCAUUUUCAACUGCAUUUCCACAUACGGGGGGGGGGGGGGGGGGGUCCAGUAAUACUGUAAAAUAAUGUUUUGUUGGUUGAAUUCAAACCUAUAUGUUCUGUAUAUCGGAAACACUGGUAGCUUUGGGAAUUCAGAAUUGGAGAUGUUGAUGGAGGGCACUUUUUUAAACCAUGAUGGUUAACCUGACACUAUUGAAAAUCAAAUGUAUAUUAGGUGUUCAUGAUUCUGGAUGAAACGUGAAUAGGUAUGCAGGCUUUUCCCCAGCAGUGACAGUUUUGUUGACACAUUUCAAGAGAUCAUCAUAAAAUAUUAUAAGUCAUUAAACUCACGUGUUUUCUCAGAUAA